AUGCCCUCCGACAACGCGGACAAGGUCGUCCUCAUCACCGGGAUCAAUGGGUACAUCGCCACCCAUAUCGGCCUGCAACUGCUCCAGAAGGGAUACAAAGUGAGAGGCACCUCUCGGUCUACAUCGGCCAAGGGCCAUCUUCUAGCGGGCGCGUUCAAGGGCUACGAGUCUCAAUAUGAGCAUGUCGAGGUCGAGGACAUUGUUGCUUCCGGCGCAUUCGAUGAAGCGGUGAAGGGCGUCCAUGCAAUUCUGCACACUGCCUCUCCCGUCGACUUCACCCUGAAAACGGUGGAUGCGUUCUUCGGCCCCGCUAUUGGCGGGAAUCUCUCAAUCCUCGAAUCUGCAAAGGCCACCGCCGGACCUCAGUUGAGAGCAUUCGUGGUCACGUCUUCCAUUGCUGCGAUUAUGGACCGCUGGCGACAAGCCCCCGACCACGCCUAUAGCGAGGCCGACUGGAACGAGAUGGGCGAGUCCGUUGCCCGCCGAGAGUUCACGGCUCCCGUAGCAUACGGGGCGUCCAAGGCUGCAGCGGAGCGAGCGGUCUGGAAAUGGGUUGAGGCAAACCAGCCUUUCUUCGCCGUCGCGGCCGUCAAUCCCGCCGUCGUCACGGGCCCGCCCGUCUCGUGGCCCACAACGCCCGACAAACUCAACACCACUCUCCUCCCCAUCUGGAACAUCUACAGCGGCAACAAUGUCAUGCCCCCACAGAUCGGCAGCGCAGGGUACAUUGACGUGCGGGAUGUGGCGCGCAUGCACGUCUGGGCCAUGGAACACCCGGACCAGAGCAACGGCGAGCGAUAUCUCAUGUCCAACGGCAAGGCUCCGCCCCAGGCCGCCGCGGACCUCCUCCGCGAGCAGUUCCCGGAACGGGACAUCAUCGUCGGCGAGCCCGGGCAGGGGUACACCAAGGACUACUGGUUCCCGCAGGGCGAGGCAAGCAGUGUGUCGACGAAGGCGUAUAAGGCGCUCGGGGUCCCGAAGUUCAUCACGUACGAUCGAAGCGUUUUGGACACAGUCGAAGCGUUUGAGAAGCAAUGGCCUGGCCUGGCGCAGAAUUUCAAGCACAAGAACUAA